AAUGAUACCUUGGCCUAAUGAGUUAAAACAUGCGUCGGAUUAAGGACAGAAGCUUGCUUUGCACUGUUUUCGCUCUCUUCAGUGCUUAUGAAGCAGCACUUGUGCUUACCCCUCCUUCACUUACGGAUAGUGUUAAUGAAGGGGCAGCAGAACCUGACUUAAUAAAUCCCGGAUUCAUUAAUAAACAUCUGUUUCCUAAGCCAGAUGAGGUCACAAUCAAAUGCAAGAUGUUGACGUCGAAGCGAUUAUUGUAUGACGGGAAGUGCACAUCUAAAGAACCUUUGAUAGAGAGAGUGUGUGCGGGGCGAUGCCACCCCGCAAGACAAGACAAUCGACCUUGGUGGGGCGAAUAUCUAAAGUACUGGCAUUCCCAGUAUGUAAAACACUGGAAGUGUAAGGCGACCAAAACGCGGCGACAGAGAGUUAUGUUACUGUGCCCACCUGACACGUAUCGAACUUAUAGAAUUAAAGUAGUGAAAAAUUGUAGCUGUGUACCAUAUUCAAAACAAGACAAUGAAUCAAAAUCUCGGACAAAGGGGACACGUCGGAAACGGCGACGGCACCGAUCAAAGAAGAGAAGAGGAGAAAGAAGGAAAAAUAAAAACAAUAAAAAAUAUUUGAAGAGUAAUAGUCCGGAGUUAUGA